GACGAAGGACUUCUUUAGCGCUCAAGUUGUGCUCACCUCUAUGUGCGUUGCGCACAGCGCGUCGGAAGCAUGUCCCGACCGGUGACCCUAGUGAAGCGGCGGGACGGGGGUCUGGGCCUGGUGUUGGGCCAGGUGCCCCGUGGGGCGUCGGGGCCCGCACAGCGUCGCAGCAGCUUCGUCGGUGUGGUAACUGUUCAGAGCGUCGUGCCCGGCGGUGAAGCCGACAAGACGGGCCUCAUCAAAGCGGGGGAUGUUGUGCUACGUGUGAACGGAACGUCUGUGACAGGUGUGGAGCAGAGCCACACCAUCCUGGGACAGGUCCCCGAUGAGGGUUCCGUCACCCUGGAGCUCGCCUGCAACGGAGAGUUGGAUGAUGGCGUUGCAACGCAUGAGACGGAGAAUUCAACCAAGAGGCACCUCAUGGUUCGGAACGUGGAAUCGGGCAAGGUUCUCGUCGAUACUCUGCACAGGAAUGCACGAAAUCCUCUACCUUGUUCGAACACCAUCUGUCAAGGCUCUUUGAUGGGAGGUCCCAUACGGAGGCAUUGCCGAGAACCCAGACCGAAGGAGGAGGUGCUACAACAUGCCAAGGAGUUCCUCGAUCAAUAUUACACAAGUAUCAAAAGGUUCCAUUCUAAGGUUCACGAAAAGCGAUGGGCGGACGUGGAGAAGCAAGUCCAACAACGAGGAACGUACGACCUCACGGAAACUGAGCUCGUGUUCGGUGCCAAGCUCGCAUGGAGGAAUUCUCCGAGGUGCAUAGGAAGAAUACAGUGGUCCAAGUUACAGAUAUUUGAUGCACGGCAUUGUUACACAUCAAGGGACAUGUACGAGGCGAUUUGUACUCAUCUAAAGUAUAGUACUAACAAAGGAAACAUCAGGUCCGCUAUCACAAUCUUUCCCCCUCGAACGGACGGUCAGCACGACUACAAGGUGUGGAAUUCGCAGAUCAUCCAAUACGCUGGCCACAAGCAACCUGACGGGUCCAUCAUUGGAGAUCCAGCUAGCGUUGAAUUCACAGAGAUAUGCAAGAAGUUGGGUUGGAAACCAAAAGGUACGCGGUUCGAGCUUCUGCCGUUGGUUUUGUCGGCGAACGGAGAAGAUCCGGAAAUGUUCGAGCUGCCGGAUGAUUUAGUACUAAGGGUGAAGAUCACUCAUCCGAGCUGUAAACGAAUCGACGAUAUGCAGUUGGAGUGGUACGCAGUACCCGCCGUGUCCAGCAUGAUGCUGGACGUCGGUGGCAUCGAGUUCACCGCCGCUCCUUUCAACGGCUGGUACAUGGUCACGGAAAUUGCGGCCCGCGACUUCUGUGACGUACAAAGGUACAACCUGGCUGAGGAAGUGGCCAACCGCCUCGGCUUGGACACAAGAUCCAACACUAACCUAUGGAGGGAUCGUGCUGCUAUCGAGCUCUCGCUGGCAGUCAUGCACAGCUAUCAAAAAGCGAAUGUGACCAUUGUGGACCAUCACACGGCUUCCGACCAGUUCAUGAAGCACAUGGAGAACGAGAACAGACUCCGAGGCGGCUGCCCCGCCGAUUGGGUCUGGAUCGUUCCUCCUCUGAGUGGAAGUCUCACGCCGGUCUUCCACCAGGAAAUGCUGUACUACCAUCUGAAGCCAAACUACGAAUACCAGACUCCGGCCUGGAAAACUCACGUAUGGCAGAAAAAGGUGGAUGACCAGCGUCGGUAUUCCCGGAAAUUUAGAUUCAAAGACGUCGCAAGUGCCGUGAAAUUUACGUCCGCUAUGUAUGGCAAAGCUCUGGCAAAACGGGUCAAGGCUAAGAUUCUGUACGCAACUGAAACCGGCAAGUCAGAAACCUAUGCAAAGGUGCUCUGCGACAUCUUCCUGCACGCCUUCAACGCAACGGUGGAAUGCAUGGAAGAAUACGAUUUUGUGCACCUCGAGUUCGAACCUAUACUUCUGGUCGUGUCCAGCACGUUCGGCAAUGGUGAACCUCCAGAGAACGGAGAGGUCUUUGCACGAAACCUUCAGUCCAUGAAAAGCUCCACUUUGUAUGGACCGGAUGGCUCUACACCCAGAUCUUACGUUAGAACGACGUCCAUGUCAUUUGUGAGGAAGAACAGCGUCAACGCCGAGAACGAAGCCUCGUCUCCUCCGCCACCGCACGAAACUUCCGACCUGGGACCGCUGAGCAACGUCAGGUACGCGGUGUUCGGACUUGGCUCCAGCGCAUACCCCAAUUUCUGCGCUUAUGGAAAGUACGUCGACAAGAUUCUCGGUGAUCUGGGCGGAGAACGCAUCAUGAGGUUCACCACAGGAGACGAACUCCGUGGUCAAGAACAGUCUUUCAGAAGUUGGGCCAAACAAGUCUUUGAGCAAGCAUGCGACGUGUUCUGUGUGGGCGACGACAUCGGGCCCAUCGAGAUGACACCUUCCAUGGAAGAAAACAUCGCUUGGUCCUCAGACAAAGUGCGCCUCUUCCACAAGCCAACGGACAAAUUGCCUGCCCUCGCUGUAGGAUUAUCCAAGGGCACCUCUCGGAAAGUCGUCACCAGCCGGCUGGUGUCACGGAAGGUACUCCAGUGGGAUUCCGCCGAUGACAAGAAAACCAUCAUGGUGGUACUGGAGUCCAACAACGACAGUGACUUGAGGUACGCACCCGGCGACCACGUUGGCAUCUACGCCGUCAACAGGGAAGACAUCGUCAGCGGGAUCGUCAAACGGACCGCUACAGACACGUGCGACCCUGACACCGUGUACAGGGUGCAAUACCGCGAAAUCGUGCAAAACCCGAUCACCGGGGAGAGGAAAGAGACGUGGCAAGACAACACGAGAUUGCCGCCGUGUUCUCUCCGAGUGGCCCUCAGCAGAUACCUGGACAUCACGACGCCUCCUUCUCAGGAGCUGCUCAAGUAUCUGUCUGGGAUGGCUUCCGACCCACAGGAGCAAGGCCAGCUGCAAGCGCUCGCCACGAACCUGGAAAAAUACGAAGACUGGAAGGCAUUCAGGUUUCCUCACUUGUUGGAUUUGCUGGAAGAAUUUCCCUCAGUUCGUCCGACGCCAGAACUGCUGAUGUGCAUGCUGCCCCUCAUUCAACCACGCUUCUACUCCAUCAGCUCUGCUCCUGAGGCGUAUCCCGGUCAGAUUCACCUUACCGUCGCUGUUGUCACCUAUAAGGCAGAGCACGGGAAAGGAAAGAAGCAUUAUGGAGUCUGUUCCUCUUUCCUCGACACGAUAAGCCCAGGAAGUGAAAUGGCCUGCUUCGUGAGAAUUGCCCCGAACUUCCACCUGCCAGAGGGGAAGUCUGUCCCUGUGGUUUUAGUGGGACCAGGAACUGGCAUUGCCCCGUACCGUAGCUUCUGGCAAAGGCGCUACUGUUCUCAACAGGGAGUGUAUCACGAAGGUCAACAACUGUACGAAGGAGAAAUGACGUUGUACUUUGGAAGUCGUACACCGGAGUCCCAGCUGUAUGCAGAAGAAGUGCAAGCCAUGAAAGACGCGGGGGCGCUGAAGGAUGUCCACCUUGCCUUCUCACGGGUUCCAGGGCAACCUAAGUUUUACGUCCAGGACAGACUAAACGAGAGAGCACAGGAGCUACACAAGCUGCUCAUGAAAGAUGGCGGCCACCUUUACGUCUGCGGUGACGUCAUCAUGGCCGAUGGGGUGAACAAGGCGGUCAGGAACAUCUUACGUGACCACGGAAAGGUGUCUGAUGAAGAAGCAGAGGCCCUCAUGGACAAGAUGAGGGAAGAGAACCGAAUCCACGAAGACAUUUUCGGCGUGACCCUUCGCACGGAGGAAGCAACGAGGAAAAGUCGGGAGGAUGCCAAGCGCAGAAGCACCAACAAGUGACAUCGCCUGAAUGAGCUUCCCGACAGCUUUUGCUCGCUUGCUUUCUCCAAGUUUUGCAACCUUUUCUCAAACUCUGCGCGGGUAUAAACGUUCGUGCGCGAAAAGGAAACACGCGUAUACUUCUUCAUCCAUCUGUUUUAGCACGCACUUUCACUUUGUUGCACAACCAGUACUGGCAAUCGCCUUUUACUUUUCGUAACCAUCGUUUCAAGCAUUCCUCGGGAACGGAUGGGGUCAAUCGGUAUGUGACUGCGUAACGCGCUGCGCCUAAGGCGGACUCACUUCGUAAGAUGUCUAAGGGGAAUUUUUGUUCGCAGGGUUCUCGUAAACCUCCCUAAAUUUCUGCACGAAACAGGUACAGGUGUGUUCCCCUAGAGUUUAUCUAGGGAAUGACAUAUUUUUGAAGGCCUGGCGCGAUAUACUGAUUUUUUGCGAAUUUUUUCAGUCCAUGGGAGUCCAUGGGAGAUACAACAAAAUCGCUUCUCUCAGUACGCACGCCCUCAAUAUUUGGGCAAAAAUGGCGUCAUUCCCUACAAUAACAGUCGGGGAAUUGAUUGCAACCAACAAAUCCGACAAUCUUACUGCAGUUUUCCAGAUCCCUGCGAAUGAAAAUAAUCGCUUUGCCGUUUGCUAUCAUGCUCUGCUCGCGGGCGCCGAUUAUAUUACUUCCUUGAAGCGUGGGAGGAAAGUAAAACGAAGAAAACAAUUUUGCGACGGUGCAGCCAACUCUCCCCGGAAGCGAACGUUAACUAGACCGCAUGAGUCCGCCUUAAAUUUACAACAAUCAACAGCAAGGUGUUAUAAACUUACCAGUUUUGCAAGGAUACGUGUUAUCGUAACGAUGCGCGUUUGCGUGUCUGCGGUGUACACCGUAUCUUAUGACAAGGAACAGACUCUGUAUCAUAUGAUGUGCUCCAAAUGGGUAAAUAUAAAGUUUGCUUCUGAGGCUAUGCGAGGCCAUGUUCCUGCUUCCGAAUAUAUCGACGAAAAAAAAUAAUAAAUCGAUGACGCAAUGAAUGAUGCACCGUUGACCCCAGCCUUGUGCUGCAGAAGGCGGGCCUUGCAGACGUUUUCACUGCCGAUUCCCCAAGCGCAUCCGGCUUUUAUUUCAUUAGAAAUGGCUGAUCUCCAGGGAAGCUCUAACACUGUCCUACUGCCACAAAACUUGUUCUUUUCUAUGGCCGUGUGUAAACACAAACUUACGUAUACAAGGUCAUCUGGAUGUACAGGCUUGUGCAACAAAAUAGCCUGGAUGAGAGGAAACAUAAGCUACAUACGUAAGGGGUCCCUCGCGACCGACAUGGGAAGCCUCAGUCUUUGACGUGUGCUGCAAUCAGUUCGCAUCCCUAUUCCAUACACCGAUACCUUAUCAUUUCUCACACCCACAACACUCAACACUGUGCAGUAUGCAGAAUGCUGUGUAAAUGUAUUUUUGUGACUACAGAGCGAGGUUGCUGUGACUCGAAUCAAAAUGUAUGGAGGCACAAUGGCCCUUCUUAAUGUGGAUUGUGUGUGGUGGCUUUCCUUUGAGAAUGAUGUGUGAAACCAUCUGAGCCUACACCGUAUUCAUAAAUCAGCCUUUGCUACUACUUUCCUUAAUCCGCGUUCGUUCUACUCACAAACAAGCCCGGCCUCACAACUUGUAAACGCCAUCGAGGGUACUUCUCUUAUUUUUUAAAGGAGCAGUGAAACGCUUUAUUCAUAAAGUGGGGCACUACCAGCCACAGGAUUGGCGCUCUCACACUCUUAAGGCAGAACUUCACUACAUAGUGCUCUGAAGGACGAAUAGUGCACAGAAUGAUAACGUUAUAACUCCUGACUUCUGUAAACCGUGGGACGUACACCUUUUUCUGACAUCACUGCAAAAAAUAGCACAAAAAGGCGUACGCCUCUCGCUUGCAACAAAUCAGGGGAGAGAACAAUGUCAUUCGGGACAGUGGAUGGCUUGAAGCGUGUUAUGCGGUGCUCCCCCGAGGGUCCUCGUGACGUCAGUCCCUCUCAUUCUUUUACGGGCUCUCUGAAAUAGUUCAGGGGUUUCUAGAGAGCCGUCCACAUCAAGGAGCUGUCUCGUGCGCUACAGAGCAGCCUCAGUGUUUUGGUGCACGAACAGAUCGUUUCUCGUCAAGAACGAAAGCUUUACGGAAGUGCCUUUCACUGCUCCUUUAAGCAUAAAUGUAAUCAAAUAGGCUUACUGAAAACUGUUACUGAUAAGGGGACAAAAACGCAGAUGUUGCCUUCCUGAACACGGAGAUAAUCUUCAAGGUGUGCGCCUUGUUCACUGUUCUAUGCAUCUCGCGUGCGGUAUGCUAAUCUCCGAUGAACUAUUUCCAUUGAUCGGAUGUUAACUUACAUCGCUGCAGACUAUUUCAUUGAUCAUGAGUUCAAAACUUUUCGAUGUGCUGACGUCACAUUCCAAGUUGAAUUAUCCUGAAAGAAGCCUGAAGCUGUCGAACUGAGCUUGUUGCUGAAGUAUGUUCGCUUACCAAAUGUAAUGUAAAAAAAAGAAGAAAUAGAUUACUCGUGAUAGGAGCUUGAAAGACAUUUUACGUCUACACCCUAAAAACAGAACUUCACCGCACGGCACACUGUGCGCCAACCAUUGCCACGAAUGAUAGGCUUAUCGCUUGCGAAUGAACGACAGAGGGGGGGCGUCCGCCUUUUGAGGCAAUUUCAUAUAUCCAAAUUGCCACAAAAAGGCGUACGCCGUCCCUCUCCGCAUCAGAAGCGAUAACCCUAUGAUUCGUGGCAAUGGUUGCCGCACAACGUGCUAUGCGGUGAAGUUCUGUCUUUAGAGCGGAUACUUUUCUGAAUGCAUUGUCAAAUUUCGAAAUCACCCGCACUACGACGCAGUUCUGUGCUACUUCAGAAUGUUCAGGUCAAUCAAUCAUCCUGAUUUCUGAAAUGACGUUGAACAGAAAGCUUAAAACAGUGCAAUACUUCACGCUUUAUAGAAAGCUUGAGCAUUUUAUUCGCAAAUGCAGCAUGUGUGGAAUCCUCUUAAUAACCAACACUCUUGAAACAAAACUUCGCCCCCAAAAAACGCUCGCAGCCGACCAUCAUCCCGAACGACAGCGUUCUGCCCCCUGAAGUCUGUUGAAAACUGCAGUCUUACUACCUUGUUGUGACAUUUAUGCAAUUAUGCUAAUUGUCACAAAAAGGCGCACUCCCCGCGCUUCCCACAAUUCAAGACAGACAACUUUGUCAUUCUAUGCCAUGGGUCGACUUCAGCGUGUCAGGUGCUGAAGUUCCGUUUUAGGGUGGCAGUUUAGUUCAACAUUGAACCGCACGGCAAGUAGUUCAACUAUGAUGCCAUGAGCCAUGCCUAGCAAUUGCCAUGCUUAGAGCCAUCCCAAGUAGCACAACAUCUGAGGCCAAUAUUGGUUCAAUAUUGGAUCACAAAAAAAAAAGAAAAAGAAAGCGUGCGCCUCCCGUUUUCAAUCAUCAGGAUGGACGACGUCACUCGGGACGGUGGUUGACUACUAUGCGGUGAAGUUCUGUUUUAAAAGUGCACAACCCUAAAAAGGAACUUCACCGCAUAGCACGCUCUUAGCCUACCACCAUUUCGAGUGACAUCGUCCUUAGUCCUGAUUUGUUGGAAACUGGAGGCCUGCGCCCUUUUGUGACAUAUAUGGAAUUAUCCGAAAGGGGCCACGAAAAGAUUAAAAAAAAAAGAAUCUGCAACCAUAUGUAACGCAUUUCUAGCUGCUAAUCCACUCACCAUUUGGAGUGUGAACUCAACAUUUUUAUUAUUUUUUUAUUAUUACUAUUCCAUUUCUGGUCAUUGGUUAGGAUAAUGGCGAUGUUAAAGACUACGGCCAAAGAGGGCGACUGCUUCUACACCACCGCUGCCGUCACGACAGAAAAACUGGACGUGACGUCAAAAGCAGGCGACCUUGGGCCGCUGGAGAGCUAGCUUCUUGCAGCCUUGGAGUGAGCGAUGGAUGUAAGUGACGUCACUCGGCAUACAGGCGGUGUAUCGUGCGGCCGUUCGACGCCUACUCCUUCUUCUUCUUUUUUUUUUUCUUUUCGCGUGAGCUGCGCCCGCGUUGAAUGCAAUAUGCCAAGACUUGGAUAUAUUUCGAAUAACAGGCAUCCUUGCGAGCCGUUCUCCAAUGAGGACUCAGAUUUUUUAUUCUUUUAUUUUCAAAUCUUCUGAUGGAUUCUAUGGAAAAACCUCCCACUUACGGGUUCCCAAGUUUUUGCCAAAAAAGAGAGACAUGAACCAGAGAAACAGAACAACCACACGUUUACUUGCCCCAAAAGUAGAAGUACAGUAAAAGUCCGCAGCAACACAGCAACACAGGGUCUUCAGGCUCCGCUUCUUCUGCUCCCCGGUGCCGAAAAGGUCCCCAGGCUAACGAACAGUUUGUUUUUGUUCACUUCGUGCUGGCGCCCAAGCCUCCUUGUCUUUGUCGACGUUUUUCGCGUCGUUGCCCCACAACCCUUCAAGCGUCACAAAAAGGCGUGGUCCUCGCGUGUUGAAACAAAUCUAAAAAAAAAAAAAGAUGUCAUUCGGUAUUAUGGUAGGCCAUGAGCGCGAUACGCAGUGAGCUUCUGUUGCGUCUAUGAACAUGUUAUGUGGUGAAGCCCCGCUUCUUAAUGUGCGGGGCAAAGAGUGAAUGUCUCUCGAUGAUUCUCUCUGAACUCAAUUGCUUCGCAUCUAAACAUAUCGUAGACCUUUUGAGCAGUGCUCGAAACAUAUCUCACCGAUCAAGAACCACAUUUGUCGCAAAAUGGACCUAUAGUUGCCACCAUGCGGGUGGAUUGCUGUUGUUGUUUUUUGAUGUUGGCGAACAAAAAAUAAUAGGGAGAUAGUGAAUUCGUCACAUGACAAAUUCGGCUACUCCUAUAAACGGACCUCCCCCCUUUCCCCUCUAAAAGGGAAAGGGAUUUGCCCUGCGUACGACAGUGUGCUAUAGCUUUCCUUCGGGUAGAUUACAACGGUACGUGAUUUAAAUGAAGAAAUUGUCAUGCCAGGCCACGGAUUGAUCGUUAUUAGUUUUAAUAUGGUUGGAUAUAGUCAGGGUGUAGAUGGGCUUUCGGAAGCGGGAUGAAUACACUCACGUGCCAAAGCGCAAAAGGUAUAUACGAGUUAGAAAAUUGGUACCUUCGUUGCAGUCACCAACCCCUCCUGCUGCCCAUAUGCCGCUUACGUCUUUUUCCUUUUCCUUUUCUGUUUUUUUUUUACAAGGAAUAGCAAGUCGACUGCUGUCUGGCUGACGUUUCCUUUUUGCCUGCCUAUUUUUGUUUCGCAAUAAAUAUACCCCCCCCCAAAAAAAAAAAAAAAAAAACCUUGCGGCUCGUACCACAUACAAUGGUACAGCGAAAUUAGUUCUGACGGGGAGCGGAAACAACAUACUGAUUCGGCGCUUCCGUAUUUUUAAUGCGAGCAAUAUUUUAUGUGUCAUAAAAUUUUGGGCUGUCCGAAUAGUAAUUUAAAAACUGAAGCAACUACGAAGCGAAUAAUUCUAUAUUCAAUCGAACUACAUAGAUCCUGAUAUGCAGCACGUGAACGUAAUGGAUGAAGAGGGACCUUUGAAUGAAGCAGCACUUAUUUUGUUUCAUGCUCUCUCUUGGGACACAGUAAAAUUUUUUGCACCCUUUUGGGUGUAAAAUGGGUGUAAUUUGCGCAUAACACCCUUUUUUUUUAAAUUACGCCCUUCGCAACACCCCCGUGAAACUACGAGGGUGCUUUAUGAGUGCAAAACGGGUGUACAUUAGACACCCCCCUUAAAAACACCCUAACAGCCCCUUAUGAAAGCACUGACUGCGGGUGUCUGAAUUCCCACGAUUUUUCCAGUGCACCACGAUGCACCAUAAUGUGGAUGGUUGAACUGGUACACGUGCAUUACCAGUUACUGCCGUUAUUUCUGUCACUAAAGUCAAAGAUUGAUUUCAGAUGUUUUUUUUUUUUUUUUUCUAGAUGGUUUUCUGCGUAACAUUUAGAGCUCCCUUUUCUUUUCCUCUGCAGCGCACUAUAUUCGAAUGUGGUCCGGUAUCACAACCUUAGUUUUGUAAAACUGUUCCGUGUCUCCCUUUAUCUCUGGACAAUGGAAUUAGGAAUGAAACUAUAUCGAUAUCUUUACCGAUGCUAUGUUCAUUCCCAGUCGAUAUUAUCGGUGUUUUAAAAACGUCGACAUUUGAUCGAUUAUACCGAUAUUGUAUUUGACCAAUAUCGACAUAUACCGAUAAAUAGCGAAAUUUUUCCUCUCGGGCACGUGCAUAUAAAUAUUCGUGGAAUAUCGAUGUGUAUCGAUAAAGUGAAGAUAGAUUGUGGCGGACAUAAAUAUAUAGAUCGAUAAAACAUCGAUAUUGUAGUUCAUAUUUUUCGAUGUUCCGAUUGAGAUAGCGAUAUUUGGCUGCAUUUGGAGUUCGGGUUUAUUUUAUUUUCCACCCUCAAUUGGAGGAAUUGAUUUAUCAUUCGUGGUUAUAUUGCUUCUUUAUAAAAGCUUGCUCGCGAACUGCGGUCCGACUCAAACGAUUGAUUUGCUCAAGUGAUAUAGUUGUUUAGCUUCAUCUUCACGAAUGAGGACCGACAGUAUCGUACAAAAAUGUUUGGUAUUACAUAUCUCCCAGUAUACAGAGCGGACUAACUUUUCCGAACACCGCUGUUCUGUAACGUCAAUCAUGGGGCGUCGAUGUCGAACUCAACAGGUGUAUGAACUUCUACCACUUUUCACGAAACAGUAUUCGCUAAUCAAUUUAUUCAUUGCAGUCUAGUAUGAUUGUAAUCGUAUAUGAUUCUCGUGAUAAAAACAAAAAAAACUUUGUGUUAUCUUUCACUGCUUUCAUCAACGUCUACAAUUUCGAGGUGCUUUCGUUUCUUAUUGGCAUAGUAGCGGGUUCUCGAUGUAGGCUUCUCAAUAGGGUAUAAUCUAGGAUUUUCACGGUGAACUUGCCACAUGAUCGUGUCAGAGUGUGAACUUUCCUGAAUGUGUGAAUGUGAAGAUAAUGUGAAGACAAAUGCAACCACAUGCAGCGAAAUGAAAGGCUGUAGUGAUCUAUGGUGUGAUUAACUUUCCUCAAGUUUUCAACUGUGUGUGUCAUGAACUGCUAACUUGCAUAUUUUCUUUUCACUUCAGCUCUAUUUGUUUAUCUUGUUGUUGAUACAUGGACUGAAGCUAUGACUUCCUAUAUGGUUAUACAUCUAUAUAAAUAUAUAUAAAUAAUAUAUAUAUACAUACAACCGCCUAUAUAUAAUAAAGGUUUAUCUUUCAUUGUGUAA